GGACAGAAUGCUGAGAAGAAAGUGGAUAUUACUGCCAUUGAAACAGAGCCAUUCCCUGAGUUUCAUGCUGAACAACUGGAAAACCAGACAAAAGUAUUUGGAACUGGCAUGGAUGCUGGAGGCAUCAGGCAGGAGCAGCCCUUCAUUGUUCUGAGUCAGGAAGAAUAUGGAGAACACCACUCAUCCAUCAUGCAUUGCCGGGUUGACUGCUCUGGUCGAAGGGUAGCCAGUUUAGAUGUGGAUGGAGUCAUCAAGGUGUGGUCCUUCAAUCCCAUCAUGCAGACAAAAGCAUCUUCAAUUUCCAAGUCUCCACUGCUUUCUCUAGAAUGGGCAACCAAACGGGACAGGCUGUUGUUGCUUGGCAGUGGAGUUGGUACUGUUCGUCUCUAUGACACUGAAGCCAAGAAGAAUCUUUGUGAAAUUAGCAUUGAUGAAGAUAUGCCCAGGAUCCUCUCCCUUGCGUGUAGUCCAAGUGGUGCUUCCUUUGUCUGUUCAGCUGCAGCAUCUGGCCUUGUCAAUCAGCUAGAUUAUGCUACACCAGAUUCUGGAGGAAAAGGCAUAAAUCACGUUCCUGGGAAAUUGCUUUUGUGGGACACCAAAACUAUGAAGCAGCAGCUCCAAUUUUCUCUUGAACCAGAGCCCAUUGCUAUAAACUGCACAGCCUUCAACCAUAAUGGGAAUCUGCUGGUCACUGGAGCAGCAGAUGGCAUAAUUCGCCUCUUUGAUAUGCAGCAGCAUGAGUGUGCUAUGAGCUGGAAGGCCCACGAUGGAGAGGUCUAUUCUGUUGAAUUCAGCUAUGAUGAGAAUGCUGUUUACAGUAUUGGUGAAGAUGGAAAAUUUAUUCAGUGGAAUAUUCAUAAAAGUGGAUGCAAAAUAUCUGAAUAUAGUCUCCCCAGAGAUGCUACUGGCCCCUUUGUGUUGUCUGGCUAUAGUGGAUACAAACAAGUCCAAUUCCCACGUGGAAGGCUCUUUGCAUUUGACUCUGAAGGAAACUACAUGCUAACCUGUUCUUCCACUGGAGGUGUUAUCUACAAGCUGAGCAGCAAUGACAAAGUACUAGAGAGCUGCCUUUCCCUGGGAGGACAUAGGGCUCCAGUGGUCACUGUGGACUGGUGCACAGCCAUGGACUGUGGGACCUGCCUCACUGCGUCCAUGGAUGGGAAGAUCAAACUAACCACUCUACUGGCACAGAAGUCUUAAAUGAAACUGGCUCCAAGAUGUGAACUAUUUUUUUCUACAGAAGAAUGAAUUAUCAGUAUUAACCAUUAGCUUCAAGCUUUUGUGGGGGGAGGGAAGGUCUUAAUGUCAUCAUCUCCUUUAAAGUUAGGAGUUAAGUUUAACUGCCAAACUACUGCCACUUAGGAGAGUAAGUUGUAACAGUUCAUCUCAACAAAUAAUAAGCAUUCACUGAUCAUCAGGCUCCUUUCUAUAAGGAUCAGCCCCAUUUUUUCCCUUGGUCUUCAUUAGCACAUAGCCAUAAAUCUCUGGGUUUGUGCUAAGGUGGAAUGCAAAUUUGUAGUGGUUCUAGCAGGCAGGAGAUGGGGUGGGAAGUCUUGUGCAAAAAUCUAAUAGUAUUCUCUGCAUUUCUUACUAGAAGAAAAUGUUUGAUUGCAUUUGUCACUUAUGCUGCUUUGGUAGUUUGAAGAACAUUCCAUGGUGUGCUUCUAGAAGAAAAAAGAAAGUUACUAUAUAAGUCAUAUUGUUUCAUUUCUCUUUAUUUAGAUAUUUUGGAUGUUUAAUAUAGAGUAUAGAAAGCAUAUGAUAGUAAAAAUGCAAUGAAAUGG